AUGAAUAUUUUUCAUCUCUAUCUUAGUAUUAUUUGUAUUAUAUUAACUAUAACAGUAUCGAAAACGAUUGGUUUUCAAGAAACUGAUGAUGACAAUUUUCAGAAUAAUGAAGACUUGAGUAUUGAAAUACCUCGUGCACGAUCCAAUACAUUUUUACGUGCUUUUACUUUGAAUGAUAAUGAUGAUUCUCAAGAUGAUAAUUUGAUUGAUCAAGAACGAAUAUUUAUUCGACGACAUAAUUCAAAUUCAACAUAUUAUAAAGAUAGAUAUGGUCGUAUUUGUGUUUUAUGUAAAUGGAAUAUCUUACCAUGUUGUGAACCGCAUAUUUGCAAAAAGCAUCACAUACGUUUUAAUGAAUGUGUUGAAAUCAAAGGUCGAUAG